AUGGCUACCACCGACUCCGACGGCAGUAAACAGCUUCAUGUGGUGGUGUUCCCAUGGCUUGCCUUCGGUCACAUCAUCCCUUACCUUCAACUUUCCAAAUCAAUAGCUCAAAAAGGCCACAAAGUCUCUUUUCUUUCCACAACUCGAAACAUCAAACGUCUCCCUUCCAACCUCUCGCCACUUAUAACCUUCGUUCCAUUCACUCUUCCCCGCCUUCAUCAGCUUCCGCAGGAUGCAGAGGCCACCAUGGAUGUCCGCACUCAAGAUAUUCACUACCUCAAGAAGGCUUUCGAUGGUCUUCAACCGGAGGUCACCCGGUUUCUCAAGGCAGAGUCCCCAGACUGGAUUAUUUAUGAUUUUGCUCCCUACUGGUUGCCGGAGAUCGCAGCUGGACUUAACAUCUGCCGAGCCUACUUUCCGUUAGUCAACGCAUGGUUCAUGGCUUUUGUAGGAUGGUCGCCGGAGGACAUGAUAAAUGGUUCCGACUACCGGACGUCAGUGGAGGACUUCCUAGUCCCACCUAAGUGGGUCCCCUUCCCUUCGAAGAUAUGCUAUAAAAGGUAUGAGGCUAACUGGAUGGUGGGCAGUGGUUCUCCCGAUGCUUCUGGGGUUUCCGAUGCAUAUCGUAGUGGGAUGAUGUUGAAAGGGUCUAAUUGUGUGUUGAUGAGAUAUUCCUAUGAAUUUGAACCCCAAUGGUUAACCCUUUUAGAAGAUCUACAUCACCUCCCAGUGGUUCCAGUGGGCUUAAUGCCACCGGUGGAGGUAGAAGAUGGGAAAGAUGACACGUGGUUACCCAUCAAGAACUGGCUCGAUGGUCAACAAAAGGGUCAUGUGGUGUACCUUGCGUUAGGAAGUGAGGUUAUGCUGAGCAAAACAGAGCUCGGGGAGUUAGCUCUAGGUUUGGAGCUCUCUGGAUUGCCAUUUUUUUGGGCUUUUAGAAAACCGGCGGGUUCCACCGAAUCAGACUCGGUUGAGUUGCCAGACGGGUUCUUGGAGCGAACCCGUAACCGUGGAAUGGUGUGGACAAGUUGGGUGCCCCAGUUACAGAUACUGAGUCAUGACUCGGUGGGUGGUUUCUUGACUCAUUGUGGUUGGAGCUCGGUUGUGGAAGGGCUAAUGUUUGGUCAUCCUCUAAUCAUGCUUCCAUUUUUGGUGGACCAAGGAUUGAAUGCUCGAGCCCUGGUUGACAAAAGCGUAGGAAUUGAGGUGCCAAGAAAUGAGCAAGAUGGGUCCUUCACCAAGAACUCGGUGGCCGAGUCACUGAGUUUGGUAGUGGUUGAAGAUGAAGGGAAAGUCUACAAGGAGAAUGCAAUGGCAUUGAGCCGAAUAUUCGGUGACAUUAACUUGCAACAAAAGUAUACAGAUGACGUUGUUGACUAUUUAGGAAAACAUAGGUACUGCCCUUGA